UGGAGUGGUAAGUAUCAUGCGCACUGCCCUGCCUCAGAUGUCCGCGGGCAUUCCAACAAGUAACACGUAUACUGGGUGUGACUCUUGAGUUCACCUUCUGCUGUGAACUUUUUCCUCAGCUAACACAGCUUACGUUCUCUUAGGCAAGAUGACCUACCGCCUGCUGUAUCUGAACAUCCGGGCCCGCGGGGAGCCCAUCAGGUGGGUGCUGCGGGCGCUGGAGGUGGAAUUCGAGGAAGAGCGGAUCGAUAUGUUCUCCGAGUGGGGGGCCAAGAAGCAAGACUUCAAGUGGGGCCAGACGCCGGUGCUGGAGGUGGACGGGGAACAGCUGGGACAGACGACGGUGAUUUGCCGCUAUCUUGGAGAAAAACACAACAUGGCGGUGGAGGAUCCCUGGAUCGCCAGUCGCCUGCAGGAGGCCGCCGAGUACCUCCAUGAUGUGUCCACCCUCGCUGCCUUCGCCUUCUACUUCAGGAUCAAGAAUGAUGAGGAGCAGAAGGAGUUCUUCAUGGGCAGAGUCCGGGAACGUGCGGCGGUGGUGGUUAAGAAUCUGGAGAAUUUAGUCACCGACGAGGCGGGCUGGCUCCUGUCGCCAAAGAUGACGUGGGUGGACGUGUUCACAGCAGCCUAUCUAGACCAGUACGUGGACAUGAUAGAUGGCCUGCUGGAGGAAGCCCCCAAACUGCAGGAGAUAUUAGGGCGGGUGCGAUCCCUGCCGGCUAUCCAGGAGUGGAUCGAGGCGCGCCCUCCCCUGCACGAAUUCGAGACCAACGAGGGACUAUGAUCGCCCCCUGCAGAACGUGCUGGGCGGCCCGCCACGCCGCUCAGGUGUCACGUAGGAGGGGUGGUAGGAUAGGCCUGGUGGCUUGGGACGGAGCAGUAGUUGGUGGAGAUGGUGGUGGUGGUAUAUGUAACGGUGGAAGGAAAUGGUUUUGAACUACGAAAGAAUUUAAGCAGUAAGAUUGAUGUGUGUGUGUGUGUGUGUGUGUAUAUAUAUAUA